GUUUGAAGGAGAUAAGAGCAGUAACAGAUAAGCUCAGAAAAAACCGCUUUUACAAUUGAAGCUCGAUUAUGCAAUAAUUUUUUGCAACUACAGGUACUCCGGUGUAUAACUUCUUUUACAGGUAUUAUCGACGGCGGAGUUACUCGUAUGAUUGGCGAACGCCCGAGUAUUCUACGCAGAAUGCAAAUCCCUCGAAUAUCACUGAUCCUGUACAUCCCUGUGCUGGUUUUUUUUCUAGCGUGUCACGUCUAAAUCGUGGAAGAACCGUGUUAUUUUUUCCUCCUUUCGAAAGAAGUCGUUUUGGGCCCAAUGAAGACCUAUAUUUGGACAUUGAUUCUGAGCCUCUUGUUAUGGACGGGCUUGGUCUCGGCAUUUUAUUUGCCUGGUGUAGCUCCAACAAACUACGCCGAAGGUGAUUCCAUCAAAUUAUUCGUAAACCAUUUGACCCCCUCCUCGAAUCAUAUGGCCAGUUUCAAAUCGAAGGGAAAGUCCAAGGUCACAGUUUAUUCUUACGACUACUAUUACCCAAAGUUCAAGUUUUGUAAACCCAAGGAUGGUCCUAAAAAGCAACUGGAGUCUUUGGGUGCCAUUAUCUUUGGUGAUCGUAUUUUUGACUCUCCAUUUGAGAUUAACAUGUUGAAAGAGGUCAAUUGCCAAGCUCUUUGCCUGUCUCCUUAUUCCAAAGUGGAUUCAGUUUUUGUGAAUAGAAACAUUCGUGCUGGAUAUUCCCAUAAUUGGAUUGUUGAUGGCUUACCCGCGGCUAGACACGUUACCGAAAGAAGAACAAACACCGAUUUUUACAGUCCUGGCUUCCCCAUCGGAAGUGUUGAUGACGAAGAACAGCCCCAUUUACACAAUCACUACAUCAUUCACAUCGAGUAUCACAAGAGAAAUGAAAAUAACUUCAGAGUCGUUGGAGUAGUUGUGGAAGCCGCCUCUCUUGAUAGAAAUGGAAUCGAUGAAUCCAAAGCAAGCCCCGAACAGUUGUGUGACGCUGAUUUGCCUCCUGUGACUUUGUCGAAUGUGAAGGAUAGCAAUGUGUUGUUUACAUACUCGGUCAAGUUUGUUGAGUCUGAGACCGCUUGGGCUACGAGAUGGGACAAGUACUUGCAUGUAUACGACCCAAAAAUCCAAUGGGUCUCUUUGAUUAAUUUCUCGGUAGUUGUUGUGAUUUUGGCCAUAAUCAUGGCUCAUAUUUUGGUAUCAACUUUGAAGAAUGACAUCAUCAAGUACAAUGAAAUCAAUUUGGAUGAUGAUGUUGCCUACGAGAGUGGUUGGAAAUUGGCGUACGGCGAUGUCUUCAGAUCCCCAUCCAAUAGGAUGCUUUUAUCAGUCUUAGUGGGAUCUGGUACCCAGAUUUUCUGCAUGAUUCUUGUCACGAUUGUUUUCGCAUUAUUCGGUCUCUUAUCCCCCUCGAACAGAGGUGCAUUAUCGACAUUCAUGUUCAUCUUGUUCAUCUUUUUUGGUAUCAUCUCAUCAUAUGUCAGUGGAUAUAUCUACAGAUUCUUCGGUGGCGAGAAUUGGAAGCUUAACUUAAUCUUGACUCCUACCGUUGUACCAGGAAUUCUCUUCGGUGUCUUUGCAUUCUUGAACUUUUUCUUGAUACAUGUCAACUCAUCGGGUGCUAUUCCAGUGGGAACCAUGGCUGCAAUUAUUGUGAUCUGGUUCUUGAUUUCCCUUCCCUUGUCUGUCGUCGGAUCUAUUUGGCAAUCAAAACGCUCUACAUUGUCGGUUCCAGUGAGAACAAAUCAAAUCCCAAGACAGAUCCCCCCACAACAUUGGUAUUUGAGAACUGUCCCAGCAAUGAUUAUGUGUGGUCUUUUUCCUUUCGGAUCUAUUGCCGUUGAGUUGUAUUUUAUUUAUUCGUCGCUCUGGUUCAACCGCAUUUACUACAUGUUUGGGUUCUUGUUUUUCUGUUUUGUUUUGAUGGUUUUGACGACGGGGUUGAUCUCUGUCUUGUCCAUUUACUAUACGUUGUGUAGUGAGAACUACAAAUGGCAAUGGAAAUCUAUUUUUGUCGGUGGUGGAUGUUCUUUGUAUGUCUUCGUGCAUUCUUUGUUCUUCAUUGGCGACGAGGCAUUUGCCAAUUUCACAUCUUUAGUAUUAUUUGUGGGAUAUUCGGGUGUGAUAUCGUUCUUGGUCUUUUUGGUUUGCGGAGCUGUUGGAUUUUUGAGUAAUUUGUUUUUCGUUAGAAAAAUUUACUCACAAAUUAAGAUAGACUAAUUUGGCGUGAGUUGAAUGGCCUUGUAAUUUACAGAUAGGACGCAAAAAAUUGAGUCAUUUAUUUUGUCGUAAAAUGGGGUCAGCCUUGUGUGAAGUGAACUAAGUUAAAGUAUGUUCAAUAGUGGUUUGUUAAAUCUGCAUCUUUAAUCUCAUAGCCACCCAUCCAU